AUGGACUCCUGGAGCACUUAUCAGAAUAUGCCGCCAGAUCAAGUCAACUGGGCUGAUUUGGCUCAACGAUGGAUGGCGAUGCGAUCUGCCCAAGAUGAACACAGGCCUGAUAGUGAACUGAACGGUUACGGUGGACAUUUCAUCGGUGAUCUUGGUCCACCUAGUCACUAUGGCCGUGGCAGUAGCUACGAAUAUGGACGAAGUGGUCCCAGUGGACACUAUCACCACGGGCAUGACCAAACCUAUCCUAGAGGACCAGAGCGAAAUCAUCGCGACUACGGAUUGCAUGAUACCUUCCGUCAGAGUGAGGAUUUGUUUAAAGAUGACUGGUCAUCAACGACGUCAGGUCCGAACCGUCCAAUUUUUCCAUCUGCUGCUCAGACUAAAAGUGAUAUUCGAAAUGAUUUUCAAGACAGCUACCAUGGUGAUUGGGGAGGUGCUCCACCUCCACCGCCGUGUUCACAUGACCCACCUGAGUUUUACCGUUCGCCAGGUCCACCCUCAAAUCAGUAUCUUCAACAUGAUUUUCCUCAUGGCCCAUCUCCAUCAAGUAGAAAUUGGAGUUCUCCGCAUCCUACUGGACCACCAAUUCGUGGAGGACCUCCAGUCGGAGCUCCACCGCUAGCAAAUGGGCCACAACUUCACGGACUACCUCCCGCUGCACCCCCUCCGCUCAGAGGUUCUUCUCCUUCGGGAGGACCUCCACCGCCUGGAGGAAAUGCACCCGGUGUUUGGUAUCCGACUCCUUUCUAUCCACCUCCGUUUACAUCUGGAGUUUCUAAUAACAUUUCUUCGCAACAUCAAUCGGGAUCUAGUCAGUCGUCAGCACCACCGUUUUUCACAAUGGAUGCGUCAACUAGAAAGAAACUGCCUGCCUGGAUUUUAGAAGGUCUUGAAAAAGCAGAGCGCGAGAAGAUGAAGCAACUCGAGAAAGAAGAACGUAUGAAAAGAGCUGAAGAAGAGAGAGCAAAACGUCGGAUUCUCGCAGGAAAGGGAAGAUUCGACAGUAGUAGUGAAGAUGAGGAUGAUGGACAGGCUGAUGACGAACGAUCGCGUACCAAGUCCAGGCAAUCAUGCGGUGCGGAUGAUGACGAUGGUGAACCGGUUUUCUUGGCACGACGUGCAAAUCCUCCUGUAGAAGAUCUUCGAACGGAUGAAGAGAAGAGAGAUGAUGCAAUGGCGAGUGUGAAAUUCAUCAUGAUGUCUCUACUUAUGGAAGCCACAGACGAAGUUCUCCGCAAUUGUAUUACGGAAAGUAUACGAGAGAUGAAGCACGAAGCUGAACCAAAGCUCCUUGCGAAGAGUUCCGCAUUGGCGGCUUUGUCAACUCUCGGAGGAGGCGAUGAAAGCGACGACGAGAGUGAUGUCGGUGAGAAGAGCGAAAGUGCGGACAAGUCACGAAAUGGUGGAGCAUCACCAUCGAGUGAGUCCGAAGACGAUAACACCGUGUUCAAAACCCCAAUGGGGAAGACCCUUCAACAGAAGCUGUUACUACCGGAGAUGGUGUGGAAUCAGUUAAAGCGAAUUUACGGCGAUCUGGUAAAAAUGAGUCCAAUAAAGAUGGUAAUAAUGCGAACAGUUCUAAUGACAUGGAUUCUAAACGACGACGGAGAAGUAGGUCUAGGGAGCGAAAGCGAAGUCGAAGUCGUUCUGGAGAUCGUAGACGUAGAUCCCGUGAACGUCGGCGAAGUUCGUCAAGGAAUCGCAACAGGCGUAGUAGAAGUCGCGAGCGCAGACGCAGCCGGUCGCCGCCUCGUAGCGAUCGGAGGCGCAGUCGGUCACGGCGACGUAGUUCGUCGCGCGACCGAAAGCGCUCUCGUGAGCGUAAACGCAGUCGCUCGACCGACCGCGAACGUAAACGCAGUCGCUCGACCGACCGCGAACGUAAACGCAGUCGCUCGACCGACCGGGAACGUAAACGCAGUCGCUCGGGCGAUCGCAAGCGUUAUUGUAGGGAGCGCAGCGCAGAAGGUAGACGAGAUCGUAGCACUAGUAGAGAAAGGCGGCGUAGAUAGGAGUUACAUCCUAUAA